GCUCGCGUCGCUGCUAGUAGUGGUGGUGGCGGCGGUGGUGGUGCGCGCGCGCAAGGCAGAGAGAUAGAAAUACAGAGGUAGAGGGGAAAAAAGGGAGAAUAACUAGUUGGAAAGAGGGUUUUUCUCGCCUUUAACGGAUUUGUAACUCAUAACGGUCCGUCUGGGAGACAAGAAUCAAGGCUGAACUUCUCCUCGGACCGGUUAAACUGGAUCUCUGAGACGGUCACUGUGUUAUUUAAUCCUGAGUGAAGCACCAGUUAGUGGACUAAGCUGAUGAGAACACUGUCCAUUCCCUGUGGAGUGUAGGGCCGAGUCAUCGUAUUUAAUCACUCAGACAUUUCAAACAUGAGCCAUUUGUUCCAGUUGUGUAGUUAAGCGAAGCUCCCAGGCCUGAGCUCACCGACGCACGAGGAUCACCCCACCCAGCCUCUGUGAUAUUUACACAGGUUUCUCGUCCCUUUACUCAAAUCCGAGCUGCAAUGUAUGGUAGUGCCCGUUCAGUGGGUAAACCGGAGGGCAAUCAGAGCCCCGGGCGCUCUCCACGCCUGCCUCGCUCCCCUCGCCUGGGCCACCGGCGUAAUAACAGCACAGGGGGUACAGGGGGCAAAACUCUCUCUAUGGAGAACAUUCAGUCUCUGAACGCCGCCUAUGCCACAUCUGGUCCAACGUACCUGAGCGACAAUGACACGACCACGCCCGUCUCCAUCUCCGUGUCCAUCUCGGACGUGCCGAAGAGCACUAUGACCCUGGGCCGCUCGGGCGCUCGGCUUCCCUACGGCACGCGUGCCACGGUGUCGGGCAGCAGCCCCAACAUCGCCAGCGACUCCAUUGCUUUUGGGGAUCACCACGUGCCUGCAGCCAUGGCGUCCACCGUGCCACACUCGCUCCGCCAAGCCCGUGACAACACCAUCAUGGACCUGCAGGCGCAGCUGAAAGAAGUCCUGCGUGAGAACGAGCUCCUGCGCAAAGAAGUGGACGUCAAAGAGAGCAAGCUCAGCUCAUCCAUGAACUCCAUCAAGACGUUCUGGAGCCCCGAGCUGAAGAAGGAGCGCGCUCUGCGCAAGGACGAGGUCUCCAAGAUAGCUGUGUGGAAGGAGCAGUACCGUGUGAUGCAGGAGGAAACACAGCACCUCCAGAUGACCAUCCAGGCUCUCCAGGAUGAGCUGCGCAUCCAGCGUGACCUUAACCAGCUCUUCCAGCAGGACUGCAGCGGGGCGCGGCCUGGGGAACCGUUCUCUGCUGAGCUCACCGAGGAGAACUUCCACCGGCUGCACGGCGAACACGAAAGGCAAGCCAAAGAGCUGUUCCUCCUGAGGAAGACUCUGGAGGAGAUGGAGCUGCGCAUCGACACGCAGAAACAGACACUCAACGCUCGGGACGAGUCCAUCAAGAAACUGCUGGAGAUGCUGCAGAGCAAAGGUCUGUCUGCUAAAGCCAGCGAGGAGGAGCACGAGCGCACGCGGCGCCUCGCAGAGGCCGAGAUGCACAUCCACCAUCUGGAAAGUCUGCUGGAGCAGAGGGACAAGGAGACGAGCGCACUCAGGGAGGAGCUCCAUCGACGCUACGAAGGAGCGCCUGAUUCUGCCAAGACCAAAGCCCUACAGACCGUCAUCGAGAUGAAGGAUGCUAAGAUCAGUUCUCUAGAGCGCAGUCUGAGGGAUCUGGAGGAGGAGGUGCAGAUGCUGAAGUCCAACGGAGCUCUAAGCACAGAGGAGAGAGAGGAGGAGAUGAAGCAGAUGGAGGUCUAUCGCAGUCACUCCAAAUUCAUGAAGAAUAAGGUAGAGCAGCUGAAGGAGGAGCUGUCUCAGAGCGAGGCCCAGGCCGAGGAGCUGAGAAAGCGAACGGCUGAGCUGCAGCGGGAGCUCUCUGCAAUUGACCAGGUGAAGCAGGACCUCUCCAGGAAGGACACCGAACUUCUGGGCCUGCAGACCAAACUCGAGACGCUCACCAAUCAGUUCUCAGACAGCAAGCAGCACAUCGACGUCCUUAAAGAGUCUCUAACUGCCAAAGAACAGCGAGCUGCUAUUCUACAGACAGAGGUGGAUGCCCUUCGUCUGCGCCUGGAGGAAAAGGAAGCCAUGCUGAAUAAGAAGACGAAGCAGAUCCAGGAGAUGUCAGAAGAGAAAGGCACACUCAAUGGAGAAAUCCAUGACCUUAAAGACAUGCUCGAUGUCAAAGAGCGCAAAGUCACCGUGCUGCAGAAAAAGAUCGAGAACCUGCAGGAGCAGCUGAAAGAUAAGGAGAAGCAGAUGAGUAGUCUGAAAGAGAGGGUCAAAUCCCUGCAGGCUGACACCUCCAACACCGAUACAGCUCUCACUACGCUCGAGGAGGCACUGGCUGAGAAAGAGCGAAUUAUCGAGCGUCUGAAGGAGCAGAGAGAUCGGGAUGAGAGGGAGAAGGGAGAAGAGCUGGACAGCAGCAAGAAAGAACUGAAGGAGCUGAAAGAGAAAAUCAGCCAGCUGCAGGGAGACCUGUCUGACCGUGAGACAUCUUUGUUAGAUCUGAAGGAGCACGCCUCAUCAUUGGCCUCCUCGGGUUUGAAGAAGGACUCCAAACUCAAGAGCCUGGAGAUUGCGCUCGAGCAGAAGAAAGAGGAGUGCAUCAAACUGGAGAGUCAGCUCAAGAAGCACACUGAGCACAUAUCAGGCCAUUCCUCCAAUCUUGCUCAGACGGCAGCUGCAGAGGCUCAGGCGAACACGGAGCUGUCAGAGCGCAUCAGCUCCCUCGAGCAGGAGGUGAACCGACACAGAGAGGAUGCUGGGAAAGCCCAGGCUGAAGUGGACCGUCUGCUGGAGAUCCUCCGAGAGAUGGAGAACGAGAAGAACGACAAAGACCGCAAGAUCAGUGAACUGGAGAGUAUGACUUCAAGGCAGAUGAAGGACCAGAGCAAGAAGGUGGCCACUCUGAAACACAAGGAGCAAGUGGAGAAGAACCGUAACGCGCAGCUGAUGGAGGAGGCACGCAAGCGUGAGGAUAACAUCAACGAAAGCUCUCAGCAGGUCAAGGACUCUCUGAGGCAGAAAGACGAGCGAAUCGAGGAACUGGAAGAGGCGCUUCGUGAGAGUGUUCAGAUCACUGCAGAGAGAGAGAUGGUGCUGGCACAGGAAGAGGCUGCACGCACACAUGCAGAGAAACAGAUGGAGGAGCUGCUCGGAGCGAUGGAGAAGGUAAAGCAGGAGCUGGAGUCCAUGAAGGCCAAGCUUUCGUCUACGCAACAGUCCCUGGCGGAGAAGGAGGCCCACCUGACCACACUGAGAGCCGAGCGCAGGAAGCACCUGGAGGAGGUUCUGGAGAUGAAACAGGAGGCGCUACUGGCAGCCAUCAGUGAGAAGGAUGCCAACAUCGCACUCCUGGAACUGUCCUCCUCUAAAAAGAAGAAGACUCAGGAUGAAGUGGCUCUGCUGAAGAGGGAGAAAGACCGACUGGUGCAGCAGCUCAAACAGCAGACGCAGAACCGGAUGAAACUGAUGGCUGAUAAUUACGAGGAUGACCAUCUGAAGGCUUCUUCAAAUUCAGACCAGAGUAAUCACAAACCCUCUCCAGAUCAGAUUAUUCCCCCUCUCAUAGACCUCAAUCAGAACCGCAGCAAGCUGAAAUUGUACAUUGGACACCUCACAGCCCUUUGUCAUGAGAGAGACCCCCAAAUCCUGCAGGACCUGGCUCCGCCCUCAGCUUACCACCGCAGCCAGAGGGACGCCUGGGAGGAAGAGCUACGGAAGAUGAGCCUGGAGGAGCUGGAAUCGGAGCUGGAGCAGUGUGAGCGAGAGAGCGCCGAGCUGCAGGAGUACGCCAACUCAGUCCUGCAGCAGAUCGCAGACCACUGCCCCGACAUCCUGGAGCAGGUCGUCAACGCACUGGAGGAAUCAUGCUGAACUCACCAUCACGCUCUCUUCAACUCACCCCCCCACUCUCUCUCUCUCUCUCGUUUUUUUUUUUUUCUUCCUUUUUCCUUCUCACCACUAAGAGCUCAAGGACACCAGCGUGCAUCUGCACCCAGACACCAGACAGGAAGGAGUGUAAAUUGGGAUGAGCGUCAGCACAGGGCACGGCUGAACAAGCCUCACGGGGGUCGUUCCUGCAUCAGUCUUCUCUUGACUCUGUCUCUCAUCACCUGCCUAUCCUCCCCUCCGCUGGUUUACUGCUUCAAGUCCUCUAUGUUUACAGCUCGCUCACACACGCAUAAACACACUGAGACGAAGCGGCGAAGUGCAGUAUUAAAGGAGAAGUCCAUUAAGUCCAUCAGUAUGAGUGAAACCAUAACAUCUUACCCCUAACAUGUGCUCAUGUUUGAAGAGGCUCGCUUUUUCUCUCUCUCUCUCUCUCUCUCUCUCUCUCUCACUCUGAGUCCAUAAAUCUGCCCUCUGAGGGUCUCCAGACACAGGAUCACCGAAAAUGUCCUUAUUUCUUUUCUUUUUUUUUUCUUCUUCUUCUUUACGCAUAUCGAGUGAGUCAUAUGAAUUCACUCCAGAGGCAUUUGCUCUCUCUCUCUCUCUCUCUCUCUCUCUCUACUGUAUCAAAUCCCAUCAUUCAGCACUGUAGGUCAAUCCAUAACCCUCUUACUACCCAGAAAUUCCCUUUAGAGUUAUAUUUAAUACCUUGCCAAAAUUGUCUGGGAGAGCAGAAGAGAACCUUUCAUAUUCUUAGGUUUAUUGCCGUUACUGUUUGUUCGUCUUUAAGGGAAAUUGAUCAUUAUUGGCAGGAUUAGUAAUAGUUCCUGAGAGCUGAUUUUAUUAUAGAGACGUGUAUAGAAAUAUACACUAAAUAUAAAAAAAAAUCUAGGAUCCGGUGUAUUAUAUAAAUUGUAUAGUGGCCUGAAUAAGGGCUUCACCUGAGCGACUGUUACUUAUGCUUGUUGAAAAUAAGUUGUUUUUUUUUUCUCCCCCCUCUCACUCUAAUGAUGGGUUAUUCCACUGUCCUUCCUUAUCUCCUUCUCUCCCACUCUCGAGCCCCUUGUCCCCACAUACGCAAGGUGAAUCUUCUCGCCGUUUAUGAUUAUAUGAGUCUCUAUCUCCAGGGCCAAGGGUGUCUGAAAGCAGGGUCAACUCAUCAUAAAUAUUGCCUCAUCAAUUACUCAUCCGGAGCUGAUUCUCCCGUAGAUGAGGAUGACACAGAGACAUACCCCGCACUCUGCUCUCUUCUCUCUCUCUCUCUCUCUCUCGUUUUGAACGUGCAGUCCUGCGUUUCAUUGCGGCGAUAAGCAGUGUGGAUUUUUGCAGCGUCUGUGAUCUCUGCGAGGCUUUAUCUUUCUUAUUAACACACACACACACAUAUUCGGAGUCAUGCCACCAAACAGGUACAAGGAGACAGAUAAGAGAGAAAGAAGGUAAACUCAUCACAGGGCUGGACGUUUGCUUUGCUCAAACAUAGACUCGAGUGAAUCAUGCGGGAUUUAUAGCACGUAUUUCUCCAUUAGCUGACCGGGUGUUUUCAGUUCCGUCCUCUUGAGUGCAAAAGUUUGCGCACCCUAACAACAACAAAAUAAAUUAAUUUCUAUGUAAUCGAAUUAUUUACACCCUAUUAAGAUUCAAAACGAUUAGCAUGCGAUGAUUGAGAUGAACUGUAUGCACAUAAGGGGUAGAUGAUUUGCAGAUAUUAAGUCAAAGAAGUGACUGAAUCUUAGCUGGUGGUUUGUGUGCGCUAUUCGUCACAAAGAGCGAAGCUGAUUAUCGAAUAUAAUACAGGUUAAAGACCUCAAAAAACAUAGUAGACAUGAGCUUGUGUGCAUUCCUACAAGCUUUGUUUACAAUUGUGGCAUCAUUUUAAGAAAACUCAUCAAAAAAUAAGUAGUUUUCAGAUUUCUACAAACAUAAUCCCUGCUUUUAGAUUUGCACACACGGUCGCUAGUUUCUUAGCUGAAUCUCCGUUGGCUGUUAUCAUCGCUAAAAAUGAAUCUACUCGUAAUCGACACCAUCUUGUAUUUUUAAGACACACCAGACUGCAUUUUUCAAUUUAGCUCAGGUGAAAGACACCUCAGUCCUCAGUGUCUAUUAUCCGGCUGGCACCUUUUUGUUCAGGUGCGAUCAAAUUUGCAUAUAUUUCUAUUCCUUUAAUCAGCUCCUUAGUGUCUCACAAGUUUCACAAAUGUUCCUUCGUACCAGAAACGCUUACGUUAAAAGUGAAAAUAUAAAACAAGGCCUUUCUUCCCUUUAUAACAUGUGAUCUAAUAGCUUUCUUUGUAUUUAUAACUUCUCCUCCUAACAAACUUUCCCUUGCUGUUUAUUUGGCUUCAUGGUUUAAAUGGAUCCUCCCACAUUUCUUUUUUUUUUUUUUUUCUCGCUCUCUGCUUAAUGGAAAUUUUUAUUAUCUCAGAAGCAGUUGUAACCGCGGGGGGUGUAAACUUUUGCACUCGACUGUAUAUUCCGUAUAUAUAAAUGAGAUGAUACAAAGGUUAACGAGAGCCCGUUUGUGCCAGUGUUUAAUGAUGCAGUACGUAAUGGUGCCUCGCUUUAUGUUGGCAAUACCAAGGAAACGCCCUGAGACGGCACGGCACAAACCCAAAUGAUUUUAUUACACUUUUUAUUGCCACAAUUAAUCCUGAUGGGUUUCUUUAUGCGACAGAGCGUGCACACAAAUCUCUGCUUCUUUUUCUCUCUUGUCUCCUCUGACUCUCUCUCUCUCUCUCUCUCACACACAGUGUUUUGGCUUGGUACUCUUAGGUCUCUGAAAUAUGGGGCUCAGUUAUCAGGGCUGUGGCUGAGUAUCCAAGCUUAGACUAAACACAGGCCUCUCGCACAUGCUCACUCUUACACAUCCACUUUCACACACACCAGCGGGAUUUAUGAGGCGCACUCCGACGUUCCUCGAUGCCUGCCUCCAGUCAACUCCGAGAAAACGGAGAAAAUUCGAGAAAAUUCAGCGAGAAAACAAGAAAGUGUAACCAGAAACAGAUCAGAGAGUGCUGGAGGAGGAGGAUGUUCUCUCAUGCAUGUCGCACCUAGUGACUCUCAGCUUCCCUUACUGACCUUCGAGUUUUUCAGGUCGUCACUUAAAGCCGGCCCGGUUCAUCACUACAAGUUACACGUCGCACUUUAAGUUACGGUGCCUUGCAUAUUUGGUAAAGAGCGGCAGGUCAGAAGCACAUCUGCUGGUAUAAUUAUGCAUAAGGCAUUGCUUUACGUUUCUCCCCCUCUCUGUCAAGUGCAUAUAGAAAGGGAGGUGAAGCCUCGAAUGUUCUCUAGUGUUGUCUUUUUAAAGCAAUGCCAUACUCCAUUCUUCAUCUUCUCAUUUCAUUGUGGAAUUUUUCCAUUAUCUGUCAGUGUUGAGUGCGCAGUCAGGUCUCUGCUCACGCCGUCUGGGAGUCGACAGUAUCGCUGAGGAUCAUUAGAAAUAAACACACAAAAAGUGUGUCAGUCAUCUUUUUUCUUUUUCUUUUUUUCCCCUAAUCUUUCCCUAAUACGUGACAUGAGCUCAACAGUGAAGGUCAGCGCUCGUCUUUGAGAGUCUGAUUUAUUUGCUAUCGCUCUUGUCUGUUCACUCAGCGAUGAGAACACUGCCAGAGAAAUUCUGCCUGGACUCGUUUAACUCUUCCCCCUACACGUACACACAUCUAUAUUUAUAUAUUAGCAGAUAAAGGGAGAUGAAUAGAGUUGAACUCUUGUGUUGUUGUUGGGUUGUUAUUUUAUUCCCCAGGGAGGGGAAGAAGUCCGUCUGAACAAAAUGUCCGCCACAUGCCCUGCAUCUUACACAACAAUACGAGAUGAUAAUCUCUCGAAUACUUUCUAAGUGUCAAAUAAAAAGCUGUUAAACACAGAUUCUGACAAGCAUUACCGUGUGGUUGAUGAUGAUGUACCCGUUGCUCAAUAUGUGCUCUUCUUCUCUUCGUUUAUUUUCCCUACAGCCUGUUCAAAUGUGUGAGAUUGAAAGUGUGUUUUGUUCACUAAUGUGCAAAGUGUGUUCAGGGGAUAAAAAAGCCUCCCUCCAUGACUGUGCUCCACUGUGUGCUCACCGAUCCCCUUACGCUGUUUUAACUCCUGAAACUGUGAUUGCAGGUCAGCUUGAUUCCAGCGUGAAACACAAUCCGGACCCUUUUCUAUUUCCUGUCCUUGUUUAUCGCUGGUGUUUAGAACGACACCCACGUGUUACGACCCUUUAAGUAGCUCACCAUUAAAUAGUUCACUUAUCCAAUCGGCGUUAUUUACCUAAACGCUCGGCAGACGCGUCCGUCCGAUGAGUUCACAACAUCCUGCUGAAGGAUCGGGACGAGAUCGUCUGCGUGAGACUGAAUGAAGCCGGCUCUACUGUUUAAAAUGAACCAAAGCUGAACUGAAUCCCUGUUACGUUAACGUUAAGGUCAAACCAAAGACGUCCAGCCUCGUGUUAAGAUGUUCUGAAAGUUUUUAUAUCCUUUUUUUUUUUUUCCUCUCUCUCUAAAGCCAGAAUGCACAGAUUGACCACACAUUGUGAAGUACACUCAAUAGGGCUCCUGGCAGAUCAUUUGCACCUAUAUUUCAUUUUUAAGUAUCAGUAAUGGCCUUCCGUUACACUUUCUCCUUUCCCUGGCACACUGUCGCAGUCCUGGAGGGUGUCUACCCCCCCCUUUCCACCUUAAUUUAAUACAUUUAAUAAAGGAAAAGAUGUUUUAAAAAACAAUGAUCUGUAUGAAUUUGCUUCCUUGUUUAUUUUCAUUAUUUUCUCUCCGUUUGUGAAAGCGCUGGAGAUUUGUGUACCAAAAAAAAAAACAAUGUCAUUGAAAGCUGAGAAUCAGGCAUAUUGUAUUAAUUUUUUGUAAAUACAAACACUUCAUUAUCAGCCGUC